AUGUCUGAAGAGAAGAGGUCAAUAUCAACUUCUAUUAACAAAACAAAGGCAGAGUUGAAAGCACAUCCUUCUACCUUACAGAAAACCAUGUCCUUUGAUGACGCAAUUAAGGAAGCUCUACAUUCACCUGCUACAACCACAACAAGCACUCCUGCCCAACAAGUAAAUAAAACAUAUAACUCAAGACUAUAUUGGCCAGAUAUUAUUAAUACGCCGGAGAAUAAAUGGACGUUUAGUUGUGUUGAGAUUAUUGAUAAACUUGAUAAAAAUGAGCAAAGAGCAACAGAAGAAAAGAAAAAUAUGGAAAAAUGUUUAAUUUAUUUUUAUACCAUGAAGAAAAAAUUAAACCUGUUCGAUCAUACUUAUACUGCUGCGAGUAUACUGUUUUAUCGUUUCUGGUAUCUAUAUGGUUUGCCAGCAUCGUUGAUCAAUUGCAUACACGUUUCUCAAGCAAUCUUAGUCACAGCUUGUAAAACUAUGGAGAAUAAUAGACCAAUUGAUGCAUAUAUUAAGGCUACAUGUGAAUAUAUAAACCAAGUAAUAUAUGGGAAUAGAAAUGCAGGAAAUAUUGAUAAAUUAAAAUGGGAAGUUAGGGAUAAACUUGUAAAUUAUGAACAAAGAAUUCUUACUCAUUUUGGAUUUGACAUUAAUAUUGAAAAUCCAAAGGAAAUCGUGGAAGAUAUAUUUAGUGGAUUUUAUAGAUAUAACAGGGAUUAUGAUCUACCUUCUGAUUUUAAAGAAUCAUUACCAAAAAUUUUAGUUGAAGUGAGAAGUUUCAUUAUCCAAGCUGUAACACAACCUGUCUCCCUAUUAUGUGAUGGUUACUCAUUUUUGGCUUUAGCAAUGUUGUAUUGCGGUAUUCAAUAUAAGAAGAUUUCUAAUGAAGAUUUCAAAUAUCCAAAGGAUUUUUUUAAAGAGAGAUUUCCAAUAAGAGUGACUGCGGAGAAAUUUGAAGCAUAUUUCACAGACUAUAGGUUAUUAGAGCAAAGUUUCUUCGAUUUAAAGAGUAAUAAAGGUGAUAAAUUACAAAUUAGCAAAAAUGAUAUUGAAUCAAUAAUAGAAGAGUCCACUGAUAACGAGGAACCUAUUGGGGAUCCAUACUCUUAUGAUAAAAUAAAAUCAGGUGAAGUCCAACAAGAUCUAUUGGAUCAUAUUGAAGAGAGAGUUAAUGAAUAUAUAAAUAGAAUAACCGCUGGAAAGAAACAUUCACAUUCAGGUGAUGGUGUCUCUUCCCAAAAUGCAUCAACAACGACGUCACCAUCUCGUAACCAAGAGCCAGCGACCAAAAAGAUGAAGAUAUGA